AUGAAAAGUACAACACGAGGUGUGGAUAUUUAUCAAGCUUUUAUUAAUUUUGUCAAUAAAUCAAAUUUACCUUUGUAUAAAUUAGUUUGUAUUACGACUGAUGGGGCUCCAGCUAUGAUAGGUAAAAAUAAUGGUUUUAUUGCUUUGUGUAAGAAUGAUAAUAAUUUUCCAAAUCGUAUAACGUUCCAUUGUGUGAUACAUCAACAAGCAUUGUGUGGAAAAAUAUUGAAUACGAGUAUUAUAAUGGACAUUGCUUUUAAAAUAGCCAAUUCUAUACGUUCACGAAGCUUGCAAAGGCGGCUUUUUAAAUUACAAUUAGAAGAAAACGAUUCUCAGUAUUGUGAUUUAUUACUGCAUACGGAUGUUAGAUGGUUGAGCCGUGGUAAAUUUCUAGAAAGGUUUCAAUGUUUACUUCCUGAAAUAAUAGAGUUUUUAAAAUCCAGAGGUGAUAAUUAUGAUUGUUUAACAAACAAUACAUGGCUUCAGAACUUAGCUUUUUUAACAGAUAUAACGGCUCAUUAA